AUGACCAAGGAUGCCAACGGCAGCGCAACCUGCCGGUGCCUGUUCUGGGCAAGAAGGCCGCGACGAGGUCGUGAUCGUCCAAAAGGUCGCAAGCGCAAGCUGACAGGCAACGUAAAGACGUUCCCCACGCCGAUCUUCCCUCACAAAUACCAAUGCAAUCUGGCAUCUCAGCACGUUGAGUCAUGGACGCUCUACCAGGAGAUUUAUAACGCCGACAGUGACAACUUCAGUGACGAUGACGUGUCCAACGAUCGCCAAGAAGGCUGCAAAGCAGCCCAACGAGAAGACGAACGCCUUAAAGUUGUUCGUCAAGAAUGA